GUCUAUAUUUACUGAAUAAUAUAUAUACAUUUAAAAACUGCAAUGCGCUCUUGAUUAGGGUUGCUUUAGAGCAAAAGUUACGUGUGUGUUUGUUGCCUGCAGUCUUGAAUGUUUAUCGUGAUGAGCAUGUUUUUUUUCAUGUUUAUUUUUAAGUUUAAAAGUUUUCAGUAAACUGUUGAAACAGAGAAUAUAGAUGAUAGUUUUAUUGAAGCACCCGUCAACUGUAAAUCCAGCAAAUAGACGGAGCCGUACAGCCCGCUCCGUGCGCACGUUAUUAAAUCCGGUAAAAGUGAAACUGAGUGGCGUUUUUUUUUCUCAGGUAAACCGUUAAUUACAUGUAUGGGAUCCCGAAAAAAAACAUUUUGACUAUACUAAUACUGCUGGAUAACAGUUAAAAAUAUAACAUUUUGGCUUUUUCUCAGAGGGCUAGCUAGGGGAUAACACUACGUGACCGAAACAAUGAGUAACGUACGAAGUGGUGACGUCACAAAUGGGUCAACGGUUGGUCAGUGUGCCACGAGACUCUCUGAUUCAUUUUGACACGUUGUAUUUCAACGGAAGUCGGUUAGUGUGUUUUAACAUCUGGCUUGACUGGUUUCUUUCCGGUAAACAUGACAUGCGUCGAUAAGAGCGAACCAGGCGGAGGCGGAGCUUUAACGGAAGAGCUGCUCCCGAUGACUUACGGUGGAGUAACUUUGCAGUUAACGGUAGAUGAGCGGCGGUGGUGCCCCGAGCAGGACGCAUCAUCAUGGGAGCUAACAUGUUCUCACUGUGGCUGGCGAUGGUUUGCCUCGUGCACAGCUCUGGGAUGUUGUCCCACGUGCAGCGGUAUGAGGUGGUCACCCCUGAGAGACUGCAGGGGAGACACAAGAGGAGCCCGCGAGACAAUCAGCUUUAUCCUGAUAAGGUGCAGUACAAGUUGGCCAUUGAAGGAACGAACCACACAAUUAAUUUGGAAAAAAACAGGAAUCUUAUCGGGAGAGGCUACACAGAAACACAUUAUUCAGACGAUGGAAAACGAGUGACGACAUCACCAGACCAGGAGCACUGCUAUUAUCAUGGCCAUAUUGAAGGCGUGACAGAUUCUUCGGUCAGUGUGGGGCUUUGUUCAGGCAUUAGUGGUUUUGUGAGAGCCCGGCAGCAGGUUUACCUGAUAGAGCCUCUGGGACAGUCUGUGGACGGUGAUCAUGCCGUUUACAGACAGGAGCACCUUAAGAUCAGUGGCAACCCCAGCUGUGGCUCCAACACCACCACGCUGUACGACCAGGACCAGGACCAGGCCCCCCGGCUCGCUGGCCUCUUCAGGUCCAGACCAUGGAAAACUAAACCCAUCACAGAGCCGCAGCGGUUUGUCGAGCUGUAUGUGGUGGUCGACAACACCGAGUAUAAACGAUAUGGAAGCGAGACUAAAUCCCGCAUUCUUGAAGUUAUAAAUCAUGUUGACAAGUUGUAUCGACCUCUGAACAUUCGCGUCAUGCUGGUGGGCUUGGAGAUCUGGUCAUACAGAGACUACAUCGAUGUUAACAUUAAUUCAGAGACUGCCCUGGACAAUUUCCUCAUUUGGCGCCAGGCUGAUCUGCUGCAGAGGACGAAGCAUGACAACGCCCAGUUUGUGACUGGCAAAGAUUUUUUCGGGGAUACAGUUGGAUUGGCAAAUAAAUUCGCCAUGUGUACCGAAAACUCAGGGGGAGUCAAUCAGGAUCACCAUAGCAACCCAAUUGGCCUCGCCUCCACCAUUGCUCAUGAGAUGGGACAUAAUUUUGGCUUGUCCCAUGACUCUGCAGGCUGCAUGUGUGGUCCAUUGUACAGCAGUGGGAACUGUGUAAUGGCAGACAAGCUCAGGAUAGGAAGUCUCGCGUUCCCAGAGCUUUUCAGCGACUGCAGUGUGGGGCAGCUCGCUGAAUUUUUGGAGCGAGCUCGACCCGGCUGUCUGCUGAAACCCACCUCUAAUACUAAGAUUAUUGCUGUGGGGCCUCUCUGUGGCAACGCCAUGCUCGACCCUGGAGAAGAGUGUGACUGUGGCACCGUGGAGGAAUGCAGGAACCCUUGUUGUGAUGCCUCAACUUGCCGUCUGACUGAAGGAUCCCAGUGUGCUCAUGGACAAUGCUGUGACAACUGUCAGUUCAAACAGACUGGAAGUGUGUGCAGGAAGUCAGCCAGUGACUGCGACCUGCCUGAGUACUGCACCGGAGUGUCGGGGUAUUGUCCUGAAGAUAGCUUUGAGAUGAACGGUAAACCCUGCUACGACCAGGAACAGGGCUACUGCUACAACGGCCAAUGUCCCACACAUCUGCAGCACUGCUGGAGGCUGUUCGGACCAGGCACCAGAGUUGGAGCAGACAUGUGUUUUGACUUGAACAGACGGGGCGAAGAAGGUGCUAACUGUGGGAGCAGCAAAUACGGCUACACCAAAUGUACUCAACCGAAUCUUAAGUGUGGAUCUAUAUUUUGUGAAGGAGGGGGCGAGUCCAUCACAGGUAAAAGAGCAGCCUACAAUAUGUUCGGCUUAGAGUGUAAACUAGCUGUGGAUGACGACAAGACCAGGAAAAUGGACAUGGUCCCUCAAGGAAGCAGAUGUGGACACAACCAGGUUUGCCUCAACAACAAAUGUAUGGAUGUAUCAGUUUACGGGAAAAAGGAGGAUUGUGCAAAGAAAUGCAACAACAACGGGGUGUGUAAUCACAAGAAUGAGUGCCACUGCAAUCCUGGCUGGGCUCCACCUUACUGCGACAUCCAGUACGCAGAUUUACCUCAAGGUCAGUAUGGGAUAAUAGCUGGUGUGUGUGCAGCUCUGUCCAUCGUUAUGGUGAUCGGCUUAGUGAUUGUUGGGCUGAUGUGCUGUAAAAAGGACAACAUGGACAACUACACCUCCAAAAGGUACUUUUCCCUUGGAUUCAUUCUUCUGUGUCUGAUUUAUGACACAAAUCUGUUUCUUGGUUUUAAGUCUCUCCAACUGAAUGAAUGUCACGUUCACAGGAAAGUGCAUUCAGCUCCAGGCAAGUUGAACCCGAUGUUCCAGGAAUCAAAUGUUAAAGAAAGACCUCAGAUCAGCCAGCCCACUUUGAUGGAAUCAACAGCGAAACAAGUCUGCGCUCCGCUGAUCGUUACUCCGAGCAGACAAGCUCCACAGCCACCAAAGAAAUUAUCUUCAUUGUCGUCCACUUCGCAAACUGAGCCGACAAAACCUCUACCUCCAUCCAAACCUUUACCUCCUCUGUUGCCUAAGAUGCAGUGUCUGGCAGCCAAACCGAGUCCUCCUCCCGUGCCUCCGGUCAAACCCAGUCCUCCCUCAGCCGCCCGAAUCCACCGUGUCAUGAAACCAUGUAGUCCUCCUCUGCCCCCAUCGAAGCCACAAGCUCACAGACUCACAUGAAAUUCUCAUUAAAGGAAUCAAGUUUUACCAAAGUAGCCUCAACAUGUGGUCAUAGAUACGUAUAGAUUCCCUAUUUUUGGGAUCAGAGGGGUGAGUCACGGGAGCCAAAGAGUUUGGAAAAAGUUCACUCUUUGUCUUCAGAAGCCUUUAAAGAUGUCGUGCGUGACCGAGGCUUCACCGACUGAGAAUGUCUUUGAUGACUAAAAACCAACAGCCGCUGCUGUGGAAAAGUGAUUUUUUUUGGGGGGGGGGGGGGGACUUGUAAUUAUCUGCUGUUGCAGUUCUUAUUGUUGUGUGUUGGUGAAAGUUCUUCCUGCUAAACUUCCUUUUUAAUGAGUUUUCUAUUAAGUUGUCUCAUUGCACUUUCUGGAGCAAAAUGUUGCUCACAUGAAAAUGUACUUUUUAAAUAUUUAUUUAAUGUUUGUUAACUGUUUCCAAAGCCAGUUUGUGCCUUCGUAAAGGUCCAUUUUGUAUGACUUUGCACUCUACUUGAAAACUAAUGAAUGGUACAUACGGUGUGGGAGUUCUGGUGACCUGUUUAUGUUUCUGUGGUUCAGCUUGAAACCUUUACAUGCUCCUUUGUUUUCAGUCUCAAGGAGGGAGUGUGACAGAGCCUCGAGGAGCAAUUACUUACUUGUGUUUUAUUACUGCACUGAUAUUUUUCUAGAGCAACAAUCACUGAGUUUAAAGCCUGUAAGUUAAAUCGCAAAUUAGCCGUUCACCACUAAUUGGUCCUAAAACGAUGAUCUCAAUCCUUCUUUCUAAUGUGUCACAUAUGAUUGAUUGAAUGUAAAACGUUUCUCAUGAGAGAAAGCCUUUUAUUGCAAGAAAUAAAGUGCACUUAAUUGCAAAAAUA